AUGAACGACAUCAUUUCUAUGGCGUCUGGGAUGAUCCCACCAUCAUUAUUAUUCGUAAUUUUAGUGAUGCUUCUGUUAUACUGGGGGUCAAUGAAACCAAAAGAUUAUCCUCCAGGACCGAAAUGGUGGCCCUUUCUAGGAUGCGCCUUGGAAGUCGCAAGGCUCCGCAAGAAAACUGGAUAUCUCCACGAGACUUGUACACUGUUGGGAAAAAAAUAUGGCCCGAUCGUGGGAUUGAAAAUUGGAACCGAUAGAAUUGUUGUACUCAAUACUUACGAGAGUAUGAAAUCAAUGUUGAUGAAUGAGGAUUGUGAUGGACGACCCAUUGGGCCGGUAUAUGAGUCACGAACUUGGGGGAAGAGGCGAGGAGUUCUGGUAACUGAUGGAGUCCUCUGGACCGAGCAGAGACGAUUCGUCCUGCGUCACCUCCGUGAUUUCGGCUUCGGAAAGAAUAACAUGGCGACAUUAAUUGGCGAAGAAGCCAAACACCUAGUGAACAGCUUAUUGCAUCAAUUAGAAAUUACAUCAAUGAACCGAAAACCUGUGAAAUCCGCCAACAACAUCAAAAACGAUGGGAGAAUCUAUCAGUUAUGCGGUCAAGAUUUGAAGAAAAAAUCGGAGGACAAAGGGAGUAUUAAAAAUUCUCAAGAGCAAUGUUCGAAGAAAACUAUCAAGAUUGAGGACAUGUACAUGAAGGCGGAGGACUACGCAGAUGUCAGGCGAGUUUCUCAGACUUCGGAAAUGGUUACUCAGAUGGACGAAGUCUUUGGAGUUCCUAUCCUGAAUACGUUGUGGAGGAUGAUGGCAGGAAAAAGGUACAAUGUGGAUGAUAGACGACUCAACCACCUCCAGAGAAUCCUCACGACUCUUUUCAAAGCAUGCGAUAUGACCGGAUGUUUGUUUGGACAUUUUCCUAUUCUGAGAUACAUCGCACCUGUUGCCUCGGGGUAUAAACAAUUCAUGGAGAUUCAUCAGCAGUUGUGGAGUUUUUUAAAUGAAGAAUUGGUGAAUCAUAAGAAGAAGUUUAAUCCAGAUGUACCUAAAUGUCUCAUGGAUGCGUACUUGAAGAUUCUGCAGUCUGAGUCUCAUAAUGAAACAUUUUCAGAAUUACAAUUACUCGCAAUUUGGGUGGAUUUAUUCAUGGCAGGAUCAGAGACAACAACAAAAGCCCUGAACUUCUGCUUUCUCUACCUUGUGCUAUAUCCUGAGGUGCAAAGAAAAGCUCAGGAGGAAAUCGACAGAGAAAUUGGAAGGGACAGGUUUCCAUGCCUGUCUGAUCGACCCAGAAUGACGUACGUGAAUGCAAUUACUCUGGAAUCCAUCCGAAUGUUCAUGGGAAGGACCAUGAAUAUUCCACACCGGGCGUUGAAGGACACUUAUAUUAUGGGGUAUCGAAUACCAAAGGACACAAUGCUAGCAGCAAAUUUCAGCAGAAUAUUAAUGAGUGAUGAGUUCUACGAAGAUCCUGAAGUAUUUCGACCUGAAAGGUUCAUCGAUUCAAAAGGAAAUAUUUCCAUUCCUGAGCAAUAUAUGCCAUUUAGUAUCGGUAAACAUCAUUGCAUGGGUGAAGUCCUAGCUAAAAGUAACAUUUUCGUCUUCACAGCAGCAUUACUGCAGACUUUCACCUUCUCAGUUGUUCCCGGUGAGGAAAAACCAACAACUGGUUUUACUGAUGGUGUAACUGCCAGUCCAUUGCCCUUCAGAGUUUUAAUCACUAGGAGAUAUUGA